CCUCGUUGAGCUGCUCAGGAGAGACGAGAUGAACACCUUCCUCUUUGUUAGACAUCAGGAAGUGAUGCACACACACACACACGUAUGGUUUGAAAGUUGGAGUUUCCCACAUCAGUCAGUGUAGCGAAGAAUUAAUGAAUUGCUUAAUAAUGGGAUACAUGUCAACAUCUGAUCCGUCCACGGUGCUUUGCUAAACAUUUACAUCAGAGUUCAGCAGGUCAACCAAUCACACUUGUGUAUGAGCUGUUUUCUUCAGUCAUGUCAGAUUUGAAUGACAACUCUUUGAACAUAAAUUUCUUGAAAGAAUCUGUGUUGAAGAGACUCUGUGAGUCUCUUGACAAGGCCAACAAUAAGGGAUGGCGAAAACUGGGUGAAAUCGUGAAAAGUGACAAGCGAUUCAAAGUGAGUCUGGAUGAUAUGGAUAUGUGUUCUCUGAAGGCUUUGGAGGCGGAUGGAAGUCCUUCCCGCAGUCUGCUCAAACUCAUUGGAGGUCAAGGAUGUAUGGUGGGUGAACUGGUGGAGUUUUUACAGAUCAUGGGUCAUACGGAUGCCCUGCAGUGCCUGAAACCUCCAGGAAUUCAAAUCCUCGUCCAACCACAAUCAGUGGCUGUCAUUACUGGACACAACCUUCGUCUAAGUUGUUAUGCUCUUGGUGCUUCAUGUGUGCAGUUCCAGUGGUUUAAGAAAACGGAAGAGGUACAUAACAGCUCCUCUCCAGACCUGGUAUUCAGUCCAGUCCGGCUCAAAGAUGCAGGGUUUUACAUCUGUCGGGUCAACUGUGGAAACGAGUAUGAGUUCAGUAACUGGGCCCAAGUGGAUGUCCUUGAUGUUCCACCAAGAUAUGGAUUAGUGUCUCUGGCUUCAGAGGGCAGGCCGAGGGUGCUGAUCCAGCCUCAAGCUCAAAGGCUGCUGGUGGGAGAUCUGCUCUAUCUGGAGUGUGGAGCUAUUGGAAGACCCCUACCACAAUAUCAAUGGUACAGAAAUGGACUGCCGAUCAAAAAAGCCACUAAGAGGAAGUACACUGUCAAGAAUUUGAUGCCAGAGCACCAGGGAAGAUAUCGCUGCGAGAUCUUUUGCAACAAUGAACGAACAUGGAGCAAUGAAGUUAAUGUUGUUGUCGUUGAAAAUCCUUGCCAAUCUGAAACGAAAGAGCCAAGAAUAUCUCAUGAAAUUUCAGGAGCAAUGGAGUGCUCUGAAGAUGAUUUUUUGCCUAUUGAUAGGGAUUACAGUCUUGAGAAACCUUACGCUACAGACAAAGUGGCUCUUCUGAUUGGUAACCUUACAUAUCGAAACCACCCACAGCUGAAAGCACCCAUGGUUGACGUGUAUGACCUCACCAAUCUGCUUCGGCAACUGAACUUCAAAGUGGUGUCUCUGUUGGAUCUAACGGAGUCCGAGAUGAGGAACGCCGUGGAGGAGUUCUUGUCCCUGCUUCAUAAGGGAGUGUACGGGUUGUUGUAUUAUGCUGGUCACGGUUAUGAGAACUUUGGGAACAGCUUCAUGGUGCCUGUUGAUGCCCCAAACCCAUACCGCUCAGGCAACUGUCUCUGUGUUCAGAGCAUCCUGAAACUAAUGCAGGAGAAGGAGACUGGACUCAACGUCUUCCUCCUGGACAUGUGCAGGAAAAGAAAUGUACAUGAUGAUGCCACGCCAAACGUUGUGCUCCAAGUUACAGCCAAUAUUGUGUUUGGAUAUGCAACUUGCCAAGAUGCUGAGGCUUUUGAAUUGAGUUCAAGUGGAUUCACCAAUGGAGUCUUUAUUAAAUUCCUGAAGGAGCGUCUCCUAGAGGAUGAGAAGAUAACUGUUCUGCUAGACAGAGUGGCUGAAGAUAUGGGUCAGUUUGACCCGACUAAGGGUAAGCAGGCUCUAGAGAUCCGCAGCAGUCUGUCAGAGAGACGUUCCCUCACUGAUCCCAUCCGCCCCAGGGACUACUCCGAUGCAGCCGAGGCACAGAACCUGCUCUGGUCUAAAGCACAUGAACUGCCAGAGAGUAAACUUCUGGACUUCGAGUGUGGAGUCCAGAUAAAAAUGGACUUUGCUGCAGAGUUUUCUAACGUGCUGGUCAUCUACACCAGCAUUGUGAAAAAGCCAGAGGAGAUGCUAUCGUGUCAGGCACACAUAACUAACCUCCCUUGGGACCUGGAUGUGGAUCCUAAGCUGAUGAAUAAAGAAACUCUGGAGGAAACGGGCAGCUUCUUACUUUCAGGCAGUCUUCCUCAUCACUGCCUCUACACUAGACUCAGCUCACUGCAGAAACUCAAGGAGGAACUAGCUUUCACUGUCUGCCUACAAGUCCAGUUUAUCUCCCUAGAUGACCAGGUCCAGUGGAACAUGGACGUUAGCAUCGGCAAGCCCCUCACCGCCAAACUGGAUCUAAACCGUCCCACCAGGAAGAACAGCUGUCAGCUGACGUGUUUCAUUCCCCACAGUCCGUCGACCAGCCCCAGCCACAGCCCCGCGUCUGACCGCCGCUUCCACAGCCAGGACCCCUGCAUCCCCCAGCAGUACGCCAACCCCUACCUCAACGUCUGCGAGCCCCUCCACGGAGCUGUGGGGGGUUAUGGGGACUAUCAAUUGUUUGGUGACCAUACAUAUCAAUAUGAGAAUAUGUCAUGCUCGGCCUUCCUGAACCCACCAAGUAUUCCCAUUGAGACCACUGAUGACAUUGACGACAUGCAGAAUGAAUUCAUGAAUAGUUUGCAACUCUAUAACCAUUCCUGAGUGAGUACACAACAGAUGAUUGAAGGGAUACUUCACACAAAUAUGAAAAAUUCUCUCAUCAUUUACCCGUUCCAGAUGUGUAUGACUUUCUUUCAACCGUUGAACACA